AUGGCAUCAUUACUAGAGACAAUCAAGCUUCCUCAUCUUCCGGCCGAUCUUCCAGUCCAUGUGGCUCUUUACCGGAAUGUAGAAAAUUCAGCCUUUUUGCGUGAGCAGCUUCUUGGUGGGAACACUGAAUUUGAGUACGCCUUGGUUGAUGCAAGCAUGGUUUUAUCGCGAGACCAUGCUCUCACGGCAAUCUUCAGGGCUUUGAAUGAUUAUUUGAACAAUCGUCUCAAGUCUCGCAACGUGCACUCGGAGAUAGUGUUCUCCUUUAGUUCAGCCAACAAUAUCGCUGACUCAUUUCGCAAAUUCGGCAUUGCCGACUCCACCAAGGACUUGUUGGUGGUGAAAGUCUCCGUAUCGCCGGAGAUAACCCAUGACUCCAUUGCCGCACAUCUGGAAAGUUCUAUCGAAGGAACCCCUGUGCCUUUCGACAACCAGGCAAUUGCCGAGAUCUCUGACAUAACCAAGAUUAAGAAGGCAUAUAAACUUGGGGCAUUGCCUUCACCUAGCACAAGGACUGAUGCUGAAAAAUCCAAUAGCACAUUCGACGAUGUCAAGCGCCGACUUGAACUGUCACUUCUAGGCGCCAUUGCUCUUCGUGGAUCAUGA